UCCACAUCAAAAUCAGUCCCAUUCCUUCUCACUCACUCCCCUCUCUCUCUCUCUCUCUCUCUGCUACAUCCUGAAAAAGAAACCCCAGGGGAAUGGCACGAAUCAAUCCAGCCAUUUCCCAAAUUACCCCAACAACCACACUUACCUAUUUCCUCCUCCUCCUCCUCGCCACCACCACUACCAUCACCCCAAUUUUAGCCAUAACCAACCUAACAGCCCUCCUCUCCUCCUUCCCUGACUUCUCCUCCUUCACUUCCCUCCUCGCUUCCACACCCUCUAUAACCUCAGACCUCUCCAACCGCUCUGCUCUCACUCUCUUAGUCAUCCCAAAUUCUUACCUUUCCUCCUCUUUAGACCUCACGCGCCGCCUCUCUCCUUCUUCCCUCACCGACCUCCUUCGUUACCACAUCCUCCUCCAAUACCUCUCUUCCUCCGACCUCCACCAACUUCCCCCAGCUGGGGCCCUCAUCACCACCCUCUUCCAAACAACCGGCCGUGCCUCCUCCAACUUUGGCUCUGUUAACAUAACUCGAAACCCAGUAACAAACGCAAUCACUAUUUCCUCUCCAUCCCCUUUUUCCUCCUCAAACGCCACGGUUUUGUCCCUGAUAAAGACUCUUCCUUACAAUGUUUCAAUAAUUUCAGUGAAUUCUCUUUUAGUCCCAUAUGGGUUUGAUUUGAUGGCAUCAGAAACAAGGCCCACAUUGGGUUUGAAUAUUACUAAAGCAUUACUUGAUGGCCGCAGUUUUUUUGUCGCAGCAUCUUUGUUAUCUGCUUCUGGUGUUGUAGAGGAAUUCGAAGCCGAUGAAGGAGGAGCUGGAAUAACUCUUUUUGUGCCUACUGAUUCUGCAUUUUCAGAUCUGUCGGAAACUGAUGUUAGUUUACAGUCAUUGCCAGCUGAUAAGAAAGCUGAUGUCUUGAAAUUCCAUGUCUUACAUUCUUAUUACCCUCUGGGUUCAUUGGAGUCUAUUGUUAAUCCUGUGCAGCCUACAUUGGCUACUGAAGAUAUGGGUGCUGGCAGUUUUACUUUAAAUAUUUCGAGGGCUAAUGGGUCGGUUGCGAUUGAUUCAGGGAUUGUUCUGGCGUCUGUUACGCAGACGGUUUUUGAUCAGAACCCUGUUGCAAUUUUUGGGGUUUCAAAAGUGCUUUUGCCUAAAGAGAUUUUUGGGAGGAAUCCAGUGUUGACUAGUAAGCCAGGGAAUUCUGAUAUGGGAAAUGCACUGCCGCCUGCUGUUGCUUUGUCGCCAGAGAGUUCGCCGAAAAUGUUGUCCUCUGCACCGGGUGUUAGAGAAGAGAAGUCUGGAGUUGGAGGGUUACAGCGGUUCAGUACUCUACCUUUGCUUUGUGCUCUUGUUGUAUGGUAUUGUAUUUAGUGGUAUUUUGCACUUCAUAAUCAAUGAAUUCUUUUCCUUUUUUGGGGGGGUUUUGUACACGGUUAUUGACUUGAAUUGGGCAACAAAAGUAGCUUGUCUUGUGCUUCUUCUUCGUCUUUUUUUUUUUUUUUUCCUGUAUGUGGCAUUGUAGAGGUAGAUGUAGAAGUGUGAAUUGUGUAGUUCCUUGAAUAAUUUAUAUCAUAAGAGCAUCAUUUUUUUUGGCA